CCUUGGGUGUGGUUCAGAGAUUGCCGAGACGUCGGCUCUCCGGUCGAAGUGCGCGUCGUCUCGGACUCGCUCACCUCGUCGACGACGCUCGUUCCUCCGUAUCCUUCGUGAGUUCACGCGCCCGAGAACGAUCGCUGGAAACGAGACGGUGCGGCGAGAGCGAACGCGCAAAAAAAGGAUGUACAUGGAUAUUAAAUAGAAAGGGAGAGAAGGAGAAAAAGAGCGACGAGUGGGGUGAGCCGCACGACGACGUUCAAUCGAUUCGUCUUCAGGUUGCGUGCGUGCGUGUAUAUGCUUGUUCCUAGAGCUCCGUGUCGAGUCCAGUGAAAUUUAACGACGGGUUAAUCUGGGAAUAGAGUCCCAAGGACGAGACCGCGUAGAGAAAGUGGGAACUGAAUCUGAAAAGUGGAGAACUCCGAGGUUCUCCGGCUCUUCCUCCACGUCAGCUGUCAUUCUGAGCUGGACUUAAAAAUUCUCCGGCGUCUCCUCGUCGCCGGGGGUGGAUUAUUCUUCUCGCGCGAAGUCGCGUUUCGACGAGCGCAACCUGGCGGUGACGAGUGGCGGCGCUUUUGACGGGGUUGCAAAUCCGUUUCGACCCAGUAGUGGUGGUGGUAGCGGUGCUCCUGCUGCUGCUGGUGGUGGUGGUCGUGCUCGUGAUCGUGGUGGUGGCUCUACCGCGUACGGGAGAGGUUAUGUCGCCGCGGGCUCGAUGACGCUCCUCUGACAGCAGUGGCGGUGACGGUGGGACGGAGCGAAGGUGGCAACGGUCUCGUCAAGAAGUGUCGAAGCUGGCGUGUGGGGCGGAGAAGUCAGCUGUGGUCUGGCUCUGAUUCCGGUGGUAGCGGCGGAAGCGGAAGCCGCGAAGGCAAUAGCAAAGGCAGAAGACGAGGAGGUGGGGCCGGGAAAAGCUGCCGGUAGCUCUGAUUUCGUUGGAAGAAGACGGUGCGGAUCUUAUCCUCAUUCCCAUUGGCAUCUACCUCUUCUUCUUUUACUUCGGAUCCUGUCUUACGGAAGUGGUACAUUCGGAAGGGUUCGCCAGUGGCCGCCGGAAGGACUCUCGACGGCGUGACACCGGCCUCGCGAUCGGCCUUUCUCCCGCGGAGGAGUAAGCGCCGCACAGACAGGAGUCACCGUCAUCCGUCAUCAUCGUAGAAAUUACAUUCUGUGAGCCCUCUCCGAGGCGAAACCAGAGGAGAGAGCUUCCUCAGUCUCACCCUUGCGACGUUCCAGUAUCUCUCGGCCCCGUUAACGGGCUCUCAUAAGCCUCGCACGUCAUCUGCCAGACAUCAUGAACGAGCUCGACAGUCUUCGUCAGGAGGCGGAGACGCUGAAAAAUUCCAUUCGGGAUGCCAGGAAAGCAGCAUGCGACACGUCCUUGGCCCAGGCCACAUCGGGCAUGGAACCUAUCGGUCGCAUACAAAUGCGCACGAGACGUACGCUUCGCGGUCACUUAGCUAAGAUUUAUGCGAUGCAUUGGGGAAGUGACUCCAGGAAUCUAGUCUCCGCAUCGCAAGACGGCAAACUGAUCGUUUGGGACAGUUAUACCACCAAUAAGGUUCACGCAAUUCCAUUGCGGUCCUCAUGGGUAAUGACUUGUGCAUACGCGCCCUCGGGUAGUUAUGUAGCGUGCGGUGGGCUGGACAAUAUCUGUUCCAUCUAUAGCCUUAAAACUAGGGAAGGUAAUGUGCGGGUGAGCAGAGAGCUUCCGGGUCACACUGGGUAUUUGUCCUGCUGUCGAUUCUACGACGACAACCAGAUCGUCACUAGUUCCGGCGACAUGUCUUGUGCUCUAUGGGACAUCGAGACCGGCCAGCAGUGCACCUCGUUCAUCGGGCAUACUGGCGAUGUGAUGUCCUUGUCGUUGGCGCCUGAUACACGCACUUUUGUAUCCGGCGCAUGCGACGCUAGUGCAAAAUUAUGGGAUAUUCGCGAAGGAUCCUGCAAGCAGACUUUCCCGGGUCACGAGAGUGACAUAAAUGCCGUAACGUUCUUCCCGAACGGAUACGCUUUCGCGACAGGCUCGGAUGAUGCGACCUGCAGACUCUUCGAUAUUAGAGCAGAUCAGGAACUCGCGAUGUACAGUCACGACAAUAUCAUUUGCGGUAUCACCAGUGUAGCUUUCAGCAAGAGCGGUAGAUUAUUGCUGGCGGGCUACGACGAUUUCAAUUGCAAUGUUUGGGAUUCCAUGAAGACGGAACGAGCUGGCAUUCUUGCUGGGCAUGACAAUCGCGUGUCUUGCCUUGGGGUUACGGAAGACGGCAUGGCAGUAGCGACGGGUUCUUGGGAUUCGUUCCUACGCAUUUGGAAUUAACUUGGGGCUCUUCCCAGAACGUUCCUUCAAAGAACCAACUACAGUCAACCAGCAUACAGCAUAAGAAUCAAGUACCACCAUCUGACCACUGAGCAAAUUGGCAUGCCAGCAGUCACGACGCUAGCGAAUAACCCGUCAGGUUCACCGGAGUUGACGCUGAUUAGAAACUUUGGAUACCCGAUUAGUAGCAGCAGCAGCGGCAGAAGCAACAAUAACAAUUACGAUCGUAGAAAGGUUCACGAUAACAAUGGCGAUGGUAGCAGCAGCGAAUUUUAAAAUGUUUUGGAUUGUGGUGAUAAAAAAGACUCCCGCAACAGGCGUAUCGUAGUCGACUUGACCUGGCGACAUAGUAAAGUCGGCGACAAGGACCACGAAUAUCAACGCUUCUAGGAAGAAUCUAAACUCCAAUUGGAUCGAAUAUACAUUGUUGCCAAAAAAUGCGCGGCAGAGGAUAAGAAUCGAGAAUGAGCGCCGACAACAAGACCAACAGUCAAGAAUUUCUUAUGGCAUCGGGCACGCAUUUCUUUUUCUCCUCCCCUUUCUCAAGGACUUUCUUCGAGAGGCACGUGCUAUUCUAUGGCUUUGAUAGUUCUUUUCCUACGAAGUAUUCCCAGUCGAGGAUUCCAAAGUUCGAAGGACGGACGACAAUCUCGUGCCGACGAUCGUCGAGAGAUUUCCAUCUCGAAUCAAGGUUCAUUGUCGAGAAAAUACCGUUAAUGGCUGCUUCGGUGGUUGGCUGCGAGUUACUUUUCCCGAUACACAAUUGUAUUGGGCGGAGAAUAUAGGAUGUGCAACCAUGGAUAUUGCGUAGCAAUCCGGAAAUAAAAGACGAGCCAGUCAGAGGUCAUGAUAGUCUUGCAAUGUUGCGUUCGAAUCAUACGACGCACACUGAACGCACAGGUGUAUCAAUGGAGAUUCACAAAGAGUCACAAAGACACGAAUUGCAUAUACUUGCACACAAAAGCGAGUAAUCGAAUAAAAUAUAGAACAGAUGCGGAUCGUUCACCAGCAGCCUCGAAAUACAUUCAAGUCGCACACACUUGUCACGUAAGCUUUGCCCUCGUGCACGAGCAUCGAGCGGCCAAGCAGGAAGAAAAGAAUAACAAGAUGAUCACUUUUUUUAACACGAUAAUACGCCGACUUCGCACCGCUACAACUAUUACUAUUAUUGCUAUUAUUAUCACGACCCCCUUGAUGAAUUUCGUAGAUGUAUCGUUAUUUAUUUUGUAUAGACUUCUGCCAUAGGCCGCCCUGCGCCUGCGUUUUUUUGCGAAUGCGAGAGCGAUUGAGCAUGUAGUAAAAGAGAAUGAACGGAACUUGUGAGAGCGUGUGAACGAGAGCGCGAAAGGCGUGCGGCCCAUUGCCAAUCAAAAAAAAAGGAGGAACGGGAUACGAGACACGAGAUGCGCGAAUAAUGACGAUGUUGAAUGCAGAGAACGCUUUGAUAAAUAAUUUGUAAUACGAUGGUUUGGUAAAUGAAAAAGUCGACAGAUCACGUUCGUAGAAGAUCACAAGAAGACUUGAAGUGACGGAUCAGUGAGCGAGAAAGCAGACCAGGUAUUGAAUUUCGUCUUUUUUUUUAUUGCGAUAAAAUUACGAACGCGUAAAGCGACGGGCCAGCGUAACGUGUCAAGUAACGUUUAAUGUAACGUGUAUUUGUUUAGUUCAUAGUGUCUAUACCUUAACCUUUCCCCCUACCCUCACUCCAAUUAUCCCUGAUUGUGGCAACAGCGGGAAGGAGAAAAAGAAUUAUCUUCGACUAUCGUCUCUGACGAAGUAUCGUAUCUCUUCCCAUUAUCGAUUCAGCGCCAAUUAAUCCUCGUGCACGAGGCAGGCACGUGCUCUCGAUCGAAAGAGUCGUGCCAGAAAUUUCCUUGAAAUAGGACCCAAAGAAUCAGGUUGAAUGAAGAACCGCGAGAUAACCCCCCCCCCUCCCGCCUUUCUAUCGUGAUUUCUUUUUACAUCUCGCUCAUCACGUUUUGUUUAUUACAGCCUUUUUCGUUAACUCGUAUUUGUACUGUUUCGAUAACUUUUAAGCUCACUUUAUAUCCCUCCUCUUUCUGCGAUAAACCAUCACUUUCCUCUCCCUUUCCAGCCUGUUCUGUCCUUUUUUGUCGGAAAUAGAUGUUGAAACUGUGUAUGCAUUUAAAAAUAAUAUAAUGAUAACGAUUAUAUAAUAUUAAUAUUAA